AUGAAAAAGAAAGGGAAAUACUUAAAGGUUUUCCUUCUAAAUUUUAAAAAUAGAAAAUUUAUUUUUUUUUUAGAAUUUUCUGAAUAUGAAAUUGAUUUAAAAGAUAUUCCAAACAAUAAUCAUUCAACAACACAAACACAGCAAUCACAACAACAUAUUCAUAUUGGACAUCGGAAAAGAAAUCCUUUAACUAAAAUAAAAUCAAAGUUGGACAAAGUUGAGACAACAAGGAGGAGGAAGCAACAAAAAUGGAAUGACAACCAAAAUGUAAAACUUUAAAUUUUUGAAAGGAUUCAAAAAAAUCUCAAAGGUUGAUAAACCUAUCUAUGCUUUAAGCUUAAUAAAAAAUGCAAACAUUUACAUAUAAAUUUUAUUUUACAACACCAUAUAAACAAACAAAAAAGGCAAUGCAAAUGGAAAAAAAAGGAAAUAAGUACAUACAAACACAACAAAAGAAUCGAAGGAACAAAAUAUCAAGUAUGGAAAUAUCUCAAUCUGUCUUCUUCGCAACAUCGAUUAUCCUC